AUGAGUUCUUCUGAUGUAUUUGAGAAGAAGGAUGAGCCAUUCCACGAUGUUGACGAGCUUCCUUCAGACUACGAGUCAGAAAGAGAUGAUUUACCCUUGUUCGAAUCAAAGCACAUGCAACAAACCACAAUUGAACGCGCCCUGGCAUACUCGAAGGUGAUGAUAUCAAAAGCGAUACUCCUCAUCCCUGUUGGCACGCAAACAGCGCGAUGGAGGACAGGACAGCCUCGAAAAUCGCACUACACACUUAUCGGAUGCCUUGUCUUCGUGGGCUUACUUGCACUCAUCGUUGUUUCUCGACCAAGUCCUCCUGUCGUCAAUGAGACGAAUGUCGCUAUUGCCAACGCCACAACACUACCAUUGACAUAUAACCGCAUCUUGAGUGCUUCCAUGCUUUUUGGAAUCACUUCACCAACGUACAAGCGAGCAAUCGCUACUCACAAGCGUCAAGCACAACGAUGGGGUUACUCGACAGAAAUCCUGCAGAGAGAUGAAGGCUGUGGUUUCUGGACAAAGUUGAUCUUCUUGCUCAACCUCGUAGGUCAGGAGCUGCAAAAGCCAGCUGAUACUCGUGCCGAGUGGAUCAUGUGGGCCGAUGCCGACGCAGUCAUCCUGAACCCCAAUAUUCCUCUCUCGAUCUUCUUGCCACCUCCAGAUCUUCCUCACAUCCAUUUCGUCGGCAACAAAGACUGGCACGGCCUUAACAACGGCGUCUUCUUCAUCCGCGUCCACCCCUGGACAGUCAGCAUGUUCACCUCGGCAAUGUCCUUUCCCAUAUGCCACAAAGAUGUCGAUCUCGGCGGCAACGUGGAGCAAGAAGCCAUGCGUUUAACUUUCGAACGCGAAAACGGCGGUUCCGACGACAAAGGCUGGAGAAGUGGCAUUGUAUUCAUGCCCCGUAAAUGGUUCAACGCUUAUGAACUUUUCCAAAGCGAAAUCCAGGGAUCGGAUUAUUACAAGGAGACUAUUAAUACGACUGUGGCUACGUAUCCGGGGUUGAAGCAGAAGCACAAGUAUGAGGGUGGUAGAGGUGGUAUGUUGGCGCAUUUCCCGGGUGUGGAUGGAGAGAUUCGACAAGGGUUGAUGGAUGACUGGAUGAAUCUGGUAGAAGACGAAUGGUCCAUGCAAUACGGCUCUGUCAACAGCACAAACUCGACCAGCGACCCUGUGGUCUUUGACAGCAAGACUUUGGACUGGGAUCGUAAUGUUACGGCGAACGGGACGUCGAUGUGGACUUUGCCUGUUCAUGAAACACCAUAUCUCAAUGAGACGACGUCGUUCUGGAAUCGAUACCGUGAAGCUAUGGCUCUUUCUCUUGAAGCCACGUCUUCGGGUGUUCACGAUAUUAGCGUCAUCAAGUCUGCUCUGGAUCUGAGGAUAGCGCUCGCGGACAAUAUGGAUGAGCCGGACAAGGUAGAUGAGAAGGUGCAACACCUGAAAGAGUUGAUGAAGACACGACUUAAAUAA